AUGGAGUUAGAACAUUGGUCUGAUUAUUAUUCGAUGGCUUGGAAUUAUUCAGUCGGAACUGUUGGAGUUGUAAUGAAUUUUAUUUUGAUAUAUAUCAUUCGAAACAAUACUCCGGAAUAUAUGAAAACUUAUGCGUAAGUUAUCCAAAGUACAAUUAAUGAAAAAUUGUUUUCGUUAAGAAUUGUACUUCAAACUGGGUCUUACUGGGAUUUGAUCACGGCAUUUUCUGCAAUCAUUACAAGUGCUCGAUAUUUUGCAACAGGCAAAUCAGCGGUUUUGAUGUUUCAUGGUUUGGGAAAAUAUUUACCUUUUGAUAAAGAAAUCAAUUCUCAAAUUUGCUUUACUUGUGAGUUAUUUAGAAAUUUUCUAGAAGGUUUCUCUGGAAAAGUUCAAGAAAGGAGAAUUGUGAAAUGUUUUGAAGAAAACAAUACAAAACAUCAGUUUUUCAGUUUUACUACAUGCAGAUUUUGUUCACCAUAUACGUAAUGUUAUGAAAAUUGAAGGCUUGUCAAGUAUCCAAAGCCUAGAAUUAUAUAAAAAGUUCAUUUUCAUAUAAAAAGUUUUUUGUUUUUAUAAUCAUUGGUUUAUUGAAAGUUUGAAAUUAAGAGUUCGACGAUCAAUGUGAAACUUAGAGAAUUAGGAAGUUCCUGACAUAUUUAAGAAAACCCUUUAUCUUUCAGUUUUCACUAUUGAAAUGCAUGGUUUCCUUUUCUCAAUUUUUAUCAUAAUAUAUUGUCUUUAUUAUCGUAAAAGAGUGGUCACAAGAUCAUACGAUCCAAUAUCAAAGCGCUCAAUCCAAAUAUUUUGUAUUGCAUCAACAAUGUUCAUGAUUGUCUAUAUUUUUUUGAUGUUAUAUUCUCAUCUGAUUCCACUUUCUACAAUUGAUGAGCUACUCAAAACCUCCCGACCAGAACUUAUAAAUUCCACCUGGAUUUAUUUUGCAAUCAUGGAUCUAUCCGAGUUUCAAGAUUCUCUAACUGAAGGUUUUUCUAUGACGCAAUCAACCUUUAUCAUGAUUUAUUUGAUUUAUUGUCGUCACAAGAUUCUCAAAACUUUGAAAACAUUAAACUUAAGCCCGGCAACAAUGGAAUUGCAGAAGUCGUUGAUGAAAACCCUAUUAAUCCAAACUUUCAUUCCAAUUUUUCACAUUCUUUUCACAAUUCGUUACGCUUAUGUUGUUUUCACAAAUAGCGCUCAAACUCCAUUUUUUGAAAACUUUAUAGAAACAACUAUUCCGGUUCUGGCUGCAAUUACCCCAUUAAUCACAUUAUAUUUCAUUAAACCUUAUCGGUGAAUAUCAAUUUUUGUUUGAGAGAUGGAAAAAAUGUUUCAGAAUUGUUUUGACAAAGUAUUUUUGGUCCGGAUAUAAUUGCACCGAUUGUUGUGGCUUCUCAAACUUUUAA